AGUUCGAAUACAAAGUUAAAUGAAAAUAGAUUGAAAACAUAAAUAAGAGGAUGAGGGAUAAAAAACCAAUGACUACGGCUCUUAUUUCGUCGAUGACGGAAACUUAUGAUAAAGAAAGAGCAGCCCGUUUAUCAGCUUUUGAAGAUAGGCAAAAGUCUGGACCAGUAAGGUCUAGGCAAUUCGAAGUUUACAAGAAGAAAUUGGAAUUAGCCGCCCCUAAACCUGGUCCAGCUAUGCAGAGAGUAAAGGACGCCCCAGAAGCUCGAUUUAACAAAAAGAAAAGCCGACCUCCACUGAUAAGUAUUGACACAGCUAAACCUGGAAGUGAUUUUCAACAAUACGAAACAAUGAACUAUGUUCAACCUCGGGUAAAAGGUUUAUUAUACGAUGGUAUUUCAAAAGAAUCUAAAGGUAGGUGGUUGUACCUAAGAGAGAGAACCAUACCAGGUCCCGAUGUAAAAUAUCACUACCAAGUUUGCUCGUCAUGGGAAUAUGGUUGGAAAAUGAAUGAGAAUAUACCUAGUCCACCGAAACCAAUACAUGGAAGAACCUGCUUAGUAAGGGAUACGUUUUAUUCACGUUCUGGAAUACCCGGCUUAAAAGUUGAAUCAGCAUACUAGGUUUAAAUCCCCUACGCCACCCUUCCACUCCCCCCCUCCUCCCCUCACAAACACUCACAAAAAGAACUCACUCCCCGUUUUUCAACUCUUCAAGCCUUAUAAAUUUUUCAACUUUUUAUUAAUAAAUGUUUUUUUUUUAUUAAAAAAAAAGCAACAGAAAGAAAUAAUGAAAAAGUAUCCUCUCUUUCUUUUGAUUUUAUUACACUUAGUUUUUUUUAUAUCUCUAUUGUCAUAAUUCAUUUUUACUGUAUCAGUAUUAGUCCUAAGUAUUUUUUCAUAUAGAGUUCAAAACUAUAAAAUAUAAAAAAAAUACCAGAAUUAACUUGAUACGGAGGAAUUCUACAAUUGAACUAAAUAUAUCAUUUGUUUGUUUAAACUAAAAAGAGAGAAAGAGAACUUUUAGGUAUGUGAAAUACAAUAUAUGCAAAUUUUUGUUUAUCUAUAAAUCCUGUAUUUUUACUUCCUUCAGUAUUAAUCAAUGUUAAAACAAAAAGAUUAAGUAAAUAUCUCUUUUAUAUAAAUAUAUAAUAAAACAAUGAAAAUACAAACAUUUUAUAUUUCGUG